CUGUCGGGCCGAGCUGGUAGCUGGGUUUGUUGAAGGACAUCAGCUGCGGAAUUUGUGAUUUGGGCGAGAGAGAUAGAAGUCAUGGCUGGUCCAGAAAGUGAUGGCCAAUUCCAGUUCACUGGUAUUAAAAAGUAUUUCAACUCUUACACUCUCACAGGUAGAAUGAAUUGUGUACUGGCCACAUAUGGAGGCAUUGCUUUGUUGGUCUUAUACUUCAAGUUAAGGCCUAAAAAAACCCCAGCUGUGAAGGCAACAUAAAUGGAUUUUGAAAUGUCUGACCUCACCUGUUAGUCCCAUGCCUGAAGAAGCUGAUGUCAAUUCAUCAUAUAAUACUCAGUUUGUACAAUAAAUUAUGAACCUGGAAAAAAAAA